GCCGCAUCCAUCAAUCAAGUCAGUCACAUGCUAGCACUCACUGUACAGCAGCAGUCUCUCUCCUCUCCCUCACACCGCACCACACCUCAUACGGCUUAAAACCAAUCAAUCUGACAGACAGACAGACAGACAGACAGGCAGGCAGAGAGACCUGGCAUAGCUAAUGCGAGAGGUACCAGCCACCCAGCCACUCAGCCACCUACAGGCAACUCACCCUCUACCCCUCACCCUCUGUCCAUAGAGGGAGGUGUCUCAUCCACCCAUCUGUCUGUCUGUCUGUCUGUCUGUCUGGGUGCCUAUCUAUCCAUCUAUCUCUCCAGGCUGCCUGGCUGGCUGGCUCGCUGGCUGCCUGUGGCCAACCAGGCGGCCGCUAUGCUGCUACUUCUUAACUAACCCUCCUUAGCCUCACACCACUUCACGCCAUGGUCGGUGCGGUUUUUGCCGCCCUUGCACUUCUUCGGCACGUCGCCAGGCUCGAUGCACUCGCGUCCCUUCAACUCACCGAUGAUGCGGAGAAAGUCGCUGCCGGGAAGUGGAGGGGCGGGAGCGUCGCCCUCGUCGGACCACGUGCCCAUGCAGAUGUUCUCAUUGUUGUCGCGGGGUAGGUAGGUAGGUAAGGGUAGGGGGCUGACUCGAGUGCCGUGUUCAGUGCCGUGCCGGUAAGAGUAGAUCCGCAACGCACAGAAGUCUGCACGCAAACAGAACAGACAAGGGAGGGAGGGGCGGGGGAGAGCAAGGCAUCAACGAUCUACGCGGGCACCUGUUGUUCGCUCUGCGGGCAGACCUUUGGGCUGGUCGGUCUUGCCGGCGUUGGCUAAUGUCAUGACGGUGCGGUGUGCCGUGCCGAUGGCCUGCAUGGACGUAGGGGUCAGUUCGUGGGCGGCAGUGCUGAGCUGGUGGGCGGCAGCGAUGGCCUUGCCAGCGUGGUCCAGCUGCAGCUGCACCAAUGACAUCUGCUGGGCCUCAGACGCCGACAACUCACCACCUGCAUCCAUCCGUCAGGCACACAACACACUGGACGGAUGGGCGCCAUGAUCGCACACACCACUUCUAUACGUAUACAAAGCUCAUGAGCGGCCACCAGCCCCUCUGCAGCCAUAGAUCAGCCAACGCACAACAUGGGCAGAUCUGCCGUGAUGGACGCUGUGUGCUUCCGCUGUGCUUACGUCGGUCAUGGUUGCGCUGUAGCACGGUGCUGGAGAGGCCAACCACUGGCAGCAGGACGGUAGCAAGGCCCAAACCACGCGUCAUCCUCACAGAGGCUCCCGAAGACGUCAAAAAAGGUGUGGCGCUCGGCGACUUCGCAAAGAUCUCUCUGGAUGACGCUGAGGAGAGAGGAUCUUCU